UUAUCGAGUUUCAGCUGUAUGGCUUGCAUACAUGCUUGAAGUUUCCGGUGAUUUCAACGGUGGUGGAAAUCUUUUUGGAUGACUUUCGUGCUGUAAAUGAUGUAUAAUGAAUUACACCUAUGUAGUAGAUUCGUGCAGCAAUUAUAUUAUUCGUCAUGCUGGAUUAAAACAAAAUACCUUGAUAGUUCCUUUUUGUUCCUUAUUUCUCGAUUAAUAAACUUUAUUUAAUGAAAUAUUAAUGUUUCGCUGCAAAUGAUAACACAAAACCGGAACUAUUGCGAUGGUUUUGUCAUUGUAACGUCAUGACGUAUAACCGUAUUACGGACGUAAAUUUCCCGCAGUUUGUUUAAUACGCUACUGCAAGAAAAUGUGCUAUGAAAAUAAUUUAUUUUAUUUUUAUUAUUACUUGUUGUAUUUGGCUUGCAAAAAAUUGAUUCUAUAACUCACUGUACGUGCAGAUGGGAAACUCCUGCUCUCGGGUUAAUGUUAAUGCGAUAACUUAGCAUACAGUUACCCUUGAGCCGGAUAUUCGAACCCAUGCUGACAACCAGUGAAAGAAUCUUACAGUAAUUUGUUUUUGAAUAAAAUAUGUGUGUUCCAUUACUUUGUAUCAUUUUCCCUUCAACAACAUAAAUAUUUCAGAGCCUUUCGAACUGGAGUUACAUAUAAGCGUUGUUGGAUCAACGAGAGAGACAAGUACUGAAGGAAAUCAACGUAUACACAAAAGCAUGAAAGAUUAUACUAACAAUCUCAGUUUUGACUCAGAUGCGCCUGUACACUCUACUGACCAAUCUGUUCACCGCCUUCUUGAUUACAUCAAUACCAUUAAAGACUGUAGGAUCGUUGAUGUGUUGAACACAGAAGAUUGUGUCAACAUAAAAAUCCAUUGUUUUACUUGCAAGGCCGUUGAAGAUUUUCUUAAGUCAGUAAUUGGAAACGAGUUUCAGAGAGAAACAAUUGUCCUGAGAAAAUGUUUAGCGAUGCAGGAGCACAUAAAGGUGCAUGAUGUAGUAGCAAGCUGCUCAUCAGAAAGUAUAGAAAAUACAAGGAAGCGUCUAGAUAAACGGGCUUCUACAACUGACUUCACUUGUCGUAAGCAUCGGAGUACACAGUGCACAUGGUAUUGUUCUGACGAUGACAAAUUUUUCUGCUCCACGUGUAAGGACUCAAACCAUAGAUCAUGUAUUGGAAUAAAACAAGUCGUAUCAGAAAGGUCUUACGAGAAACAGAAUCAAAGUCUUGUCGUUAAGCGUAAGAUAGGAAAGUAUAAUAUACGGAUAAAGAAUCUUUUCAUGAACAGAGACGACAAUGAUAAAGAUGACUGUAGAAUAAGCCGUAUCCGUAUCCUUCCUGAUGGUAACAUUCUUCUUCUUGAUAAUGGUAGCAGUAGGCUGAAGAAACUUGACAGUUCGUACAACGUCGUCAGUCACUGUGAUAUUCCCUAUGUGUUCUAUAGUAGGCCUGACAUGUGUUAUAUAGGUGACGAUAGAGCUGUUGUAUGCAGUUCGACUGAUAGAAUAAUUCAGUAUGUGAAUGUAUCGGGUAAGCUGAAGCUUGAGCAUACUGUAAAGCUUGACCACAAAUGUUACGGUCUGGCUUGUCAUGGUGAUACACUCUAUGUCGGAGGUUUUGGCACAAUAUAUACCUAUAACAGAGACUGUCAAGAGAAACAUGUACUUUACAACACAAACAAUGCGUAUUUCUUCCAUAUUGCUGUCAGUGAUGACGGUGAACGUAUUUAUAUUCCAACUGGUAUUGGCGGUCUUGUAACAAUAGAUAACAAAGGAAACCAUCUAUUCACUUUGAAGCAUGGCCAAUGGUAUGAAACAUCAGAUUUAUGUAUUGUUGGUGAUGGUACUGUGCUUGUAUUAGACACUGAAGGACAUGUGCAUCAGGUUGAUUAUAACGGUAAACAAGUACUGGGAACAGUUGUUGAUAAGUCAAUGAGUUUGCGUACAACAUCGAUGUGCUUUGAUAGACAACGAUGUAGACUAUUCGCUGCGGAAUACGUAGAAAACUAUAUACCAGUCUUUCAGCUACAGCAUCACAACAAUGAUACAAAUAUAAAUUAAUGUACUGGUUGCAAGAAAAAUAUUUGAGAUAUGUUUCAUAGGUUUUAACUAAAUCUAAUACAUUCAUUGUAUUUAGAGUGAAGAAUACAUAUGGGUUGAACAAAUUAACGCUGAUCUGCAGUUGAAAAUCAAACAAUAUUUAACUUACUAAAUAAAUUGUCACCAUAUAUGUGUUAAUGUUUUAGAAUUAUAGACAAUUCAAUAAUGAAAAGAUCAUUUUAAAAGAUGAUUUAGUGACAAUCAUGCAGUACAUGUAUUUAUUAUCAUUACCAAGCAGCCGUGUAGUCAAAAUAAGUAGUAGAAAAAUAUGAAGAAAGACUCUUCUGCGUUAGUCACACAGUAAAAAUGGAAUGUAAAGUAGCGAGAAUUCAGCUUUUAUCUAUGGCAUACAUCAUAUAUUUAUAUAUUGAUAUUUAAGUAUUUAAAUAUAAGGUCGCAAUCAGUAUUGCAGAUGGACAUUAUAUCCUGAAUGAUUGCGUUUUAUUUCACUAGAUAUUUCACAGUGUUCUUGGUUGCAGAUUGUCGUUGAAAAAUAUCACUUAAAUAUUUGCAUUUUCAUGUCCACAUUUUCAGAGGCAGUCGAACAAUAAAAUUGGCAGGUUCGUCUAAAAUUAAGAUAUAUUCUUAGGGAUGAAUGUUAUAGUGUCUCGUUCAUUGCAGUAGACCAAAUGAAUUUCUUCUUGCAUUUCUUUGGCUGAUUAUAAGUUUAAUGUCGUAACCGAAAGGACACUUGCUAUUGGUUCUGCAAGAUCAGCUUUUAAGUAGAAAUAUUCAGUAUUCCCUCCCUUGAUCAUUAAUUAUGUUAAAGCAAUUCUGGCUGAUUGGAUUGACUCCCUUACAUUAAUUUAUUUAGCUAAAAUCAAUAUAUUUCAAUCACAUACAUACGGUGGUAUUUUUAGGACGUGCAUUUAUUUUCUAUAAGGUUAAAUUAUCUCAUGAGCACGAGAUAAGAUGUCGAGCGCACAAGAUAAGUUGUCGUGUGCUCGAGAUAUGAUGUCGAACGCAUGAGAAAACAUGUUGUGCGCUAAAGAUAACAUAUCGUGACUACGAGAUAAAAUGUCAUGUGCACGAAAUAAAAUUUUGUGCGCACGAGAUAAGAUGUCGUGCGCUCGAGAUAAGAUGUCCUGUGCUCCAGAUAAGAGGUCGUGCGAUUAAGAAAAAAUGUCUUGCGAACGAGGCCAAUCUUAAAAAUCUUAAAAAGAUAAAAACAUAUCUUAAAUAUACUACCGUAUCAACGUAUACCACCGUAAUGUACACACUGACCUUGAUAUAGCUUUUGACAAAAAACAGCUCGCGUGUUAUCCCAUAGAAAGCAAAAUAAUCGUAUACAUUUUAGUUUGUGUAAAAUAUUAUCUACUGGCCGUUUUUUGAGAUAAAUCAAGUUGCUUUGUUUAUUCAUAUAGAAAUAUUAUUUCGAUAUUCAUAAAAAUGUUAUGUUAGCAUAGGAUGUUUCGGGAUUCACGUUUUCCUGAAAGUUGUCAUUCAGCUUUGGGCAAUCAUAAGACUUUUCUUAAAUGUCUCAAUUGAUUUCGACGAUCUGUAGAUCUUAAUCGAAUAUAACGCUUUGAAUGCCUAUCAUGUUAUAUGUUAUUAUUAUGAUGUUGAAUGACGUAUGAUAAUCAUGAUGAUGUAUAACGUUUAUAAUAAGUUAUGUAUAUUGAUGUUAAGUAUUGUGAUGUAUCGACAAUGUUCAUGUCUUGAUACAUACACAGAUCACCCAAGUGCUUCUUACCAAAUAAUACAAGUAUAUUGAACUGAUUUGGUGUUCUUUGUUUCUUAAAGAUACAGUAUGAGUUUAAAGGUCAUGUUGUCAAUACAUUUGCAAUACCAACUGAUGUGUGAAGAUAUAUGAGGAAUUUUACAAACAUGCACGUUAUUAAAAACACACAUGCACAUUUGACUGAGAACAAUUGGUCCAUUCUAUUAUCUGCAAGAUUCAUCCAUACCAAUUAAUGUUUAUAA